AAUGCUUACUAAACACAGUUGGUUUCAUGAGUAUUGUGAAAAAACUACAUCACCCUGUAUGAAGUAUUUUUCAACAAAGCAUAGAUCACUUAUAGAAAAAUCGUUUUGGAUUUUUAUAUUUGUUCUGAUGAUAUCAAUAUCACUUAAAGCACUGAGCGUUUUGGCGAGUGUUUGGAUUAACAAUCCAACAGUAAUGUUUAUUGAAAAUACAGAAUCGCCAAUUCGAGAAAUACCCUUCCCGUCGAUCAUGAUUUGCCCGUCAAGUCAACUUCGAAAAUCCGUUUGGGAAAAAUAUAUGGACACGAACAGUUCUUAUUGGGAUCAACUUAAAAUAUAUAGAGAUAAGCUAUGUUCUGUCAAUUUUUAUUCUCAUGGAUUGGAAACAAGUUUAAGAGAAUAUAUUGACUACAAUGUAAUAAAGAAUUGUUUGCACGAUUGUGGGAUUAGUUGUUCAGAAGUAUUUCAGUCUGAUGGUAAAUGGGAGAAUACAACGUUGAGAAAUGUUUGUAAAUAUAUGCAACCAAUAAUAGGCAUUUUUGGAUUAUGUUUUACAAUUAACAUGAUGCCAUUAAAUCAAAUUUUUAAAGAUGAAUAUUAUCAAAGAUAUUCUGAUUUUUUUUCAAAAAAUAUGACAUAUGCUAAUACCGGUAAAUCAAAUUGGAAUUUAGAUGAUGGAUACUCAUUUUAUUCGAAACAACAUACUAUUGCUGACGUGACUCCUGCUCGAACGAGUGGCGUUAGUUAUAACCAUCGUUUAAGAUUGAUGCUACACACUUUUGAUGGCGAUUUCUUGAAUUGUGCUAAUCUGGGUAUUGAAAAUGGUAGAUUUUUGAUAACGUUUUCUAAUCCAGCUGAAUAUUAUUCGAUAACUCCUAGAAAAUUUAUUACACCAGACACAUAUACAAAAAUACAAAUCACUCCGUUCGUGAAAAAAAUUAAUUCAGACUUAAUGUGGCGUUCACUGGAAAUCAGACAAUGUUAUUUGCAAGACGAAAGACAGCUAUCCAUUUUUAAACAAUACACCGAAUUAAAUUGUAACCAUGAAUGUGAAAUAAACAAAACUAUUUCCAUGUGUGGCUGUAUAAUGUUCCAAGGAGCAUUUUUAGGAUCAAAUGAAUUAAAAAUAUGUGGUCCAGCCAAAGUCAAUUGCGUACUGGAUGCUAUACAAUCAACCAAGUUUCCGGAAAAUCAAAUGGAGUGUAAUUGUUUGCCAACAUGUUCUAUGAUCGAAUAUGAAGUAAUAGAUACAUCUCAUUUCGACGAUUGGAAUUACAUGAAAUUAACAAAUUUAGUUAAAAAUAAUUCUAGAGGUGCCACGAUUGAGUUCGUUUUCAAAAAACCUUAUUUUACAGCAUAUACAUCCGCAUCAAUAUUAAACCUAAAAUCACUAAUUAGUAACGUUGGAGGAUUAUUUAGUUUGUUUUUGGGAAUAAAUUUAAUUAAUAUUUUUGAAAUACUAUAUGUGCUAAUUAAAAUAUUCGAUAAUUAUAUUAUUAGUUUGUUUUUUGCUGAAUCAAAUACAUAG